AUGCGCUCGCACAUGGGAGCCGUAUAUGCGCUCUACGAUACCGGUCUAUCGGUAAUGCUUGACAAAAGAUUGAUGACUCAGAAUCUGGAUGACGGAAAUGUGUCUGUUCGGAUUAGACCCUGGCGUGGAUCAAGCCAUAUUUACAAUAUUCCCGCUAUCGCUACUCACCAGUCCCUCACUCCAAUCGAAUAUCUGCACUUUCAGGGUAAACAAUGCGUUCUGGUGACCAGUGGUGCGGUCGCACUGGGUCGACAUCAUCUGGGCCGAGAUCCAAAACGAAGUAGUCGCGGGGCGAAGGCGGCACUCGGGAUGGCCGAAAUGGUCUCACUAUACGGACAUUUGUUUGAACAGUGCGAUUUGCGGACAGCUGCGAUGUUGCUUACCCCGAUCGAUUUUGAUGAUGACCAUCGUCGUGCUUAUUGGCGAAAAGCAUUGCAAGAUUUGAUGGAUCAAGGCGUGGUCCCGAUCAUCAAUACAAAUGAUGCAGUCGCCUGGGACGAGGAAACUUAUAAUGAACAUCAUGAUCCUGAGGCACCCCCGGUACGGGAUAAUGACAGUCUAGCUGCUCGACUUGCUUGCGAAUUAUCCUCUGAUUUGCUCCUACUGGUCUCCGAUGUGGACGGUGUAUACACAGCACCGCCGGGCAGUCCAGGAGCUCGAUUUCUCAGCGAAUACGAAGUGGAGGAUCACGAAGAUCCAUCUUUGAAUGGUCACAGUGAAGACGUCUCAUUCGGUUCGGCUUCCAGUGUGGGCACGGGAGGAAUGGAAAGCAAAGUGGCUUCGGCCGAGUGGACAGUUCGACAGUACAGAAUGAUCGCAUCUAUUUCGUUUGGUUUGGUUUUGUUCAAAGCUCGGGAGGCCAGUGUGAUAAUGAAUUCCUCGUCUGCGGAGGCACGUGCCAAAGCGAUCGAUAAUCUGGCUGAUUCACUGGUGGCAAAUCAGGCCGAAAUUAUUCUGGCAAACACCAAAGAUAUCCGUGCUGCUGAAAGUGCUGGUUUACAGUCCAGUUUGCUCGCACGUCUUCAACUCGGCCCGAGCAAAAUCAAAACACUGAGCGACGGACUGAAACAGAUCGCUGAACAAUGCCGCGAGCGAAACGGUCACGUGGGCUGUGUGAUUGACCGAACCAAACUGGCCGAAGGUCUCAUACUGGACAAAAUCACCGCUCCCAUUGGUGUGCUCAUGGUGAUUUUCGAGUCCAGACCGGAUUGUUUGCCCCAGGUGGCUGCCCUAUCCAUAGCAACUGCUAACGGAUUACUUGCCAAACCGGGCUCCGAGGCCCUGCAUACCGUCCGCGUUCUACAUCGUCUUACGGCGGAAGCACUGGAAGCCGCUGGUUUGCCGGGGACUGCUGUGGGUGUUUUCGAAGGUCGUAAAGAUGUACAACGGGUGCUGGGUUACGGGGAUUCCGAACCGCUUGUCGAUCUGGUCAUCCCCCGGGGUAGUCCGAAAAUGAUUCAGAGUGUGCGUGCUGCAGCCAAUGAGGCGGGUACCGGGGUCCCGGUCCUGGGACACGGUGCCGGUAUUUGUCACGUCUAUGUGGACAAACAAGCGGAUAUGGAUAAAGCCAUUCACGUGGGUAAGUUUAUGACCACAUGUUUGAUCCAUCAGACCACGGAUGGGGUUUACUUCAUGUGGCCUGUGUGGCAUCAAUCUCAUUCUUCAAAAUCUUUUACUUUUACUGUAGAUCCUAUUCACAAUAUUUUAGAACAAGUAUCUGCACAAUAA